AUGAUAAUUAUGAUUGUUUACCCGGGAACAUUUGUCUUUCUUUCAGUAAUAUUUAUACCAGAUAUUCUCGAUAUUAUAAUGCCGUUAGAUGAACCUCGUCCACGACAAUUUCCGAUCCACAUAGAAUUUUUUUUCGAUAAAGAAAAAUAUUUUUAUUAUAUCUCAGUUUUAUUUAUAAUAGCCGCAUUUUUGGGUAUGACGGUACUCAUGGCGACGGAAACUAUGUCUAUGACAAUUAUACAGCAUGCUUGUGGUCUAUUCGAACUCGUUAGCCACCGUUUAACAUGUGCGCUCAAUAUAUAUUUAUCAAGAACAACAUCUUUAAAAACUAAAUGCAAAUUUUACACUAAAUUAUUCAACGCUUUUAUCACUCAUCAACAUUGUUUAGAAUUUAUCGAAGAUAUAUAUGAAUUUUCAUCAUCUUAUUUCGUUUUAUGUGUAUUCGGUGUGGCAUCGUUAAGUAUUAAUAUGUUUCGCCUUCUUAAUGCAGUCACAAUACACAAUAUAUUCGAGGCUAUUUUAAUCGGUUUAUUUGUAUACACUCAUUUUUGUUAUACAUUCUGGUUGAAUUAUUUUGGGCAGGAUGUAAUCGACCAUAGCGAAUGGUUUUUUCAACAGAUAUACAAUAUACGAUGGUACACAGCGCCGCUGUACGCUCAGAAAUUAUUACUCAUAGCGUUGCAACGAAGCGCGAAAAGCAGCAAGAUUAUCAUCGGUAGUAUAUUUGUUGCGUCAUUCGAAGGUUUUGCCACGCUUAUUAGUAUGUCAAUGUCUUAUUGUAUGGUCAUGUAUUCGGUUCAAACAUAA